CUGACUGAAGGAAAUCAACACAGGAUCAUAAAGUCACAGGAAAAAGAAAUAGAAGUCUGGUGUCAGUCAUGUAUAGAUUUGUGUUACAGAAAUCUGUCACAGUGGCAGGUGUUAGUGAGUGUCUUCACAUUACCCACGUGUCAACAGACCGGGUCUGGAUCAGUGAUAAUAAAGGCAAUCUCAUCUUAAUUAACACGAUAGGUGACAGACUAGAUCAAGUGACAGAUUUAAUUGAAUAUGGUGCUGGAGUACAUACUGUGAAUAGUGAUAGUUAUGUGAUUUAUUUAGACAGUAACAGUAACAUCAUUAAACUGUCUACAGAUAAAGUAAAGACCGCAGUAAUACCAUACACAGCACCAUGGAGACCACAUUGUGUCUACAGCUCCCCCUCCACUGGACACCUGCUGGUCGGGACGUGUAAUACUGAUACUGAUACAGGCCAGGUAAACCGUUACACCAACACAGGAGAACACAUACAGACCAUACAGCACGACAACACAGGUCAGGGACUGUAUAAAGUACCUAACUACAUCACAGAGAACCGCAAUGGAGAUGUUAUUGUGUCUGACUAUUGGCGUGGUGUAGUGGUGACAGACAGUAAAGGAAGACAUCGCUUCUCCUACACAGGUCCUCCAUCAGGAUCAAAACUAGGACCACUAGGAAUCUGUACUGACGCGCUGUCACACAUCCUGGUGUCUGAUUUUAACACCCACACAGUACAUAUCAUUGAUAAAGACGGUCAGUACCUGACACACUUAGAUACAGCACAAGGCGGGAUAGACAGGAUAUACAGCCUGAGUUAUGAUGACAUCACCAGGUCUGUGUGGCUCGGUUCAUGGGACAACAACCCUGUGAACAUUUACAGACUUAUCUAUGUAGGGGAUAAUCUGACUGAUCCAAGCAUUGAGGAUAUAAAUACAAUUGAUGAGUUGAAGAAGUUUCUGAGGAAGGAGAAGACAAGUGUUUCCCACGCCAGAGGAAUACUUGUUGGAUGUGCCGAGGCUGGAAAAACAACGCUACUGAAGAAGUUAAGAGGGCAACAUCACAAUAUCAGCCAAGAUACUGAGUCCACCAGGGGGCUAACAACAUUGCUGAAGAGAUUAAGAUGGAAACGCCAAGAUGUCAGUGAAGUUACCGAGUCCACCAGGGGACUGGAAGUCCAUCAACAUGUCUUCAUUGUUAGAGAUGGCGUUUUAGAAGUGGCUGAUGAUGACUCACCAUUCAAGUCAUUUAUUAGGAUAAAUGCUGCAGAUUUGAAACCAGAUCCGAGCAGUAGUGCUGUUGCCAGCUCUGAUACAAAUGAAAAAGAAAAUUUUGAAGUAGGAAGUACUGAUAAAAGCACUGAAGUAGUUUAUAGCCGCGAGGAAAAGAAAGAAGAGAAUGUGGAAAUGAUUAGUUCACCAAUGGAGGACACAGAAGAAGAGGACACAGUAGAGGUAAUGGCCAGUCUUAUCUCCUCAGAAGCUACAGAUAUGGUGAAAUUUGAAAUUUUCCAGAAAAUCUUGUCUGAAAAAGAGAAGUUACCAACAGUAAGCAUGCUGGAUUUUGCUGGGCAGUUGGCGUAUUAUGCCUGUCACCAAAUUUAUGUAACACCAAAGGCCUUCUUCAUCCUUGUGUUGGACAUGACUAAGAAGUUUGAGGAUGUUGUCAGUAAAGAGAAAGAUAACCAGGAAGGAUCAAUCUUCUCCGUGUGGACUUACAAAGACUACUUGAAGUUUUGGAUUGCCUCAAUCAAGACAUUUGGAGGCAAAAAGGCCCCACUGUUUCUUGUUGUCACACACACAGAGAAAAAAUCUAAAGAUGAAAUAGAGAAGUAUUUUGGGGGGUUUUGGAAAGCUGUACCAGAUGAGGACAGAGAUUGGUUAAGUGAGUCUCUGAAUGAUCGGGAAUAUGCAGUAGGUCUGAAGACACUUAAUGAUAAUACCAAGGAAAUACUAGAGUCAAUGAAAAAGUCCAUAGUGGAACUAUUCACAGAUGAGAACUAUACAAAAGUUGAAUUGCCUUCUUCGUGGGCUUUAAUGGAGCAGUUAUUGUAUGAAGGA